AUAGGUACCGCUCGCGUCGAACAGGCUCAUUAUUGGCGUGCCGAGUGGUGGUAGAUCACCUAGUAACUGUAACAUUACCUAGACAUCAAAUAUUAUAAUAAGUAUGUAUGUAGGACAUAAUAACAAAACAUGGCAGAACAAAACAUCACAGAACCAAAAAACAGAUGUGAUGUCUGUCAUGGCGUAAUCAUAAAAUACCUAUAAAAAAAUUACUUAUUUAUUAAUGCUUUAAAUAAAUUAUAUACUUUUACGUUAUAUAACUAGCUAAGUACCUAUUAUACCUAUUCUUUGAUUUACUCACUGCUGAGUAUAUAUUAAUGUGGCUGCGGCAGAUGUCAGCGAAAGAGGAGAGGAACGUUAUUUUAGAAACAUCUGUGGUCGGGUUAGGUCGUGUUACCGGGCCGAUUUCUGUUGCCUCCAUGUGCUAAGUUUGUUUUAUUGUAGAUAUUGUUUUAAUAAAUACAUCUUAGCUUUUAUCUGACUUUGGAUCAGAAAUUUCUACCGAAUAAUUUUUGUACUUGUGUGAAAUAUAUAAACAAUAAUCAUGAAGCCCCCGUACAAAAUUGCUGAUGAGAAGUUGGCUGAGCUUGGCCGCAAAGAAAUCAUGUUGGCAGAGAAAGAGAUGCCCGGUUUGAUGGCAUGUCGCCGCAAAUAUGCUCCUAGCAAAAUCCUUAAAGGAGCUAGAAUUGCUGGCAGUCUCCACAUGACUGUGCAGACAGCUGUCCUCAUAGAAACUCUUGUAGAGCUUGGAGCUGAGGUACAGUGGUCCAGCAGCAACAUCUUCAGUACACAGGAUGAAGCGGCUGCGGCUUUGGUUGCCGUAGGUAUCCCGAUCUACGCCUGGAAGGGAGAAACUGAAGAGGAAUACGUAUGGUGCAUUGAGCAGACAUUAGUAUUCCCUAAUGGAAAGCCACUUAACAUGAUCCUGGACGAUGGUGGCGACUUAACGAACUUGGUUCACAAGAAGUUCCCGCAAUAUUUAGAGGGCAUUAAGGGUAUUUCUGAAGAAACUACCACUGGUGUACACAAUUUGUACAAAAUGUUCCGUGAAGGUUUACUGAAGGUACCUGCCAUCAAUGUAAACGACUCAGUCACUAAGAGCAAAUUCGAUAAUUUGUAUGGAUGCAGAGAAUCAUUGCUAGAUGGAAUUAAAAGAGCUACAGAUAUCAUGGUUGCUGGUAAAGUGUGCGUAGUCGCUGGCUACGGUGAUGUCGGUAAAGGAUGCGCUCAAGCAUUUAAAGGAUUUGGAGGCAGAGUUAUUGUCACUGAAAUAGAUCCCAUUAAUGCCCUACAAGCAGCUAUGGAAGGAUUCCAGGUAACAACCAUGGAUGAGGCUGCUGAAGUGGGACAGAUAUUUGUCACUACUACAGGAAACUUAGACAUUAUUUGCAAGGAACACUUCUUGAAAAUGAAAGAUGAUGCAAUUGUUUGUAAUAUUGGUCACUUCGACUGUGAAGUAGAUGUUGCUUGGCUCGAAAACAAUGCCAAGAAAGUAAACAUUAAACCACAAGUAGACCGCUAUGAGCUUGACAAUGGAAACCACAUCAUUGUCUUGGCAGCGGGACGUCUUGUUAACUUAGGAUGUGCCACAGGACAUUCAUCAUUCGUCAUGUCAAACUCUUUCACUAACCAAGUUCUGGCUCAGAUCGAACUUUGGACAAGGCACAAUGUAUACCCUGUUGGAGUUCACACCCUGCCUAAGAAGUUGGAUGAAGAAGUGGCUGCCUUACAUUUGGACCAUCUUGGUGUAAAACUAACUAAGCUCACGCCUAAACAAGCUAAAUACAUCGGCGUCCCUGUCGAGGGGCCAUACAAGCCAGACCACUACAGAUAUUAAUAAUUGUAAUAUUUAACAGCACACUUUCUUGUAAGUUAUACUGUGUUUGAAUGUAAGAAUAUCUUUGAAAAAAAGUACUUAUGGGACUAACAAUAAUGUCAGGAUACUAAUAUUAGUAUCAGUAAUGUACCUUCUGAUUUAAAUAUGUUACUAAUGGUUUGCGGUUUCUUGAGAAAGUGAAUAAAUUUACACCAGAAAAGAG